UUCUUCAUCAUCAUUUUCUUGUUCAGUGUUGUGUUCAGUGGUGAAUGUGAGUCAUGUGACUCUCUCCUGGUACAAAGGAAACAGUUUAUUGUCCAGCAUCAGUGUGUCUGAUCUCAGCAUCAGUCUCUCUCUACCUCUGGAGGUGGAAAAUCAGGAUAAAAACACCUACAGCUGUGUGAUCAACAAUCCCAUCAGCAACCAGACAACACAUCUGGACAUCAGCAAACUCUGUCACACAUGUUCAGUUUGAUGUUUUUAUUCCUCAGACUCUGUGAAGCUGUGAUCCGAUUGGUCCUCUCUGAUCUGGUGGGCGUGGCUACUGUCAUUGUUUUUUUUGUUUGUUUGUUUGUUUGUUUUUUUUAAAUCAGAUCCAGAAGAGCUGAACAAGACCAAGCACAUAUUCACACAGAAACAUAAAUGAUGACGUAGUUUCUCAUAUAACUAUUUCAGUCUUUAAUUAAUCUUCAUAUAUUUGUACCGCUGGGAUCGAUGUUCAUUUAUCAUUGGCUCAUUUCCACUUUAAUCUGUUGGGUGGAUAAACAGCUUCUGCUGGAUGUUUGUGUGUGUUAAUAGUUUUUUGUGCAUCUGUUUUUUUGUUUCUGGUAUGAGAAACUAGUGCAUGUGCAAGUUGAGAGUGCCCAUAUGUAGCCCAUAAUUAGUGAGCUUAAAAUCAUCAUAAACUUUAAGAAAUGUGGGCAGUAUGUGGACCUAAUUGUAAUUGCUCAGUUUCUUCUUUUUCUUCUCCAAAAGGAGUCACAUUUUUGAGGGCCUUAACAUGCUCAAGUUCAAGUUUUGUUUUCAGGCUUUGUAUUUAAACAAACUCCUCCUAAAGAUUUAAACAGAUCAACACCAAAUUUGGUGUAAUCUAAAUCCCUUUCUGAUGUUAAACUGGGAAAAUCUUGAGUUUUCAUUAAAUGGUGUGUCUGUGGCAGCCUGACAAAUUUCAAUGUUUUGCCAUGAAACAGGAAGUAGUUAUAAUUCAGGCAUACAAUGUCUAAUCUGCACCAAAAUUUACAUAUUUGAUAAGAGUCCUGUCCUGAACACAGGCCCAUGACCAUAUUCAGUUAUAGUCCUAUAGAUUUAAUGAAAUCAACAUUAUAUUUGGUCAGUCUACUCUAAAGGCCUUUGUGAUGUUAAUUUGCAAAAAUCUUGAGUUUUCAUUAAAGGGCGUGUCCGUGGCAGCAUGCCAAAGUUCGAUGUUUCACCAUGUCAAAGAAAGUUGUUAUAACUUAGCCAUAUAUUGUCCGAUCUGCCACAAACUUCACAUGUUUGUUAAGACUCCUGGCCUGAACACAUCUAAAGGCCAAUAUACUGUCAUAACUAUAGCACCACCUGCUGAAAACAGAAAAUGAUUUGUUUUACACUAACUUAAACAUGCAAUGUCCAAUCUGCACCAAACUUCACGUAUUUGGUAAAACUCCUGACUUUAAGACAUCUAAAGGCCAAUAUUCAGUUAUAAUCAUAGCGCCACGUCUUGGCAACAGGUCAAUGGGAUGUCAUGUUUUACGCCAGACUUCAUAUGUUUGAUCAAAGUCCUGGCUUGAAGACAUCUACUGGCCAAUAUUCAGUAAUAGCCAUAGCACCACCAGCUGGCAGCAGGAAGUUUGGCACAUAUAAAUGACUUUGACAUAUUCCUCCUAUAUUUACCAACUUUAAAUGCACAUUGCCCACCGUUUGCUCUUUUCCAAAAGCCAUUGCUUGGCAGCGAGCCCGGGUGCGAGGGCCCUUUCAACGCUGCUUGCAGCUUUAAUAUUAAAUAUGAUCUUUUAUAUUUAAAUCAUAUGUUAAGGAACAUCACACGAGCGGAAGUGCUGUUUUUCUCCAAUAUCAGCACGAUUGCAAAUGUGAUAUUGAUAUUAUGCAAGUUCAACAAACAAGUUAUUAUCUUCUUUAGCAUCUUUGUAUCGAGUCACAGUGAAUACAAUGAACCCCAUGUCUGCUGUUAGUUUUACAUGCAUUUGGGUGCACAGUUUCCAGUUACACUUUAUUUUCAUAUUAGCAUAAUUUUCAGCAUUUCCGUGGAAAUAGGUUUGAGUCUACUUUAAAGUCCAGGUACAAGUCAGUGCAAAAACCUUUUACACUGAAAAUGAGCUCCACCACAUUUUAAUUUUUUUGGACUGUCAAAGUGGGAAACACUAAAGUCGUAGCAUUAGUUUGAUAAGUCAUUUCUAAGUGUCAUAUUCUAAGCGAUAAACACACGGAGACCGAUUUUGGCAGAGCUCGAGUGUCCUUACGCAAUUCAGCCACUCUUCCGCUAGAUUUCACACAGGCUCAGAAUCCAUUUGUAUAUAUAAGAUCAGCAAAAGCUUGUUGAUUUUCUAUGAUAUUAAAAGAGAUGGACAUGUGAGCGGAAAAUAACUGAGGUUAGGGGAGGAUUCAACCAGAUAAAUAUCACAGUUCAGACGUGAGUGUUUUCAGACAUUUUAAGCAUCACUGUUGUGGGUUUUUUUUAGUGAACUGAUGAAGAAAAUGUUUCUCAAAUUAGCUUUGUUCUGUUUGUGGCGUCUGGUUGGUGUGUUCGGCAAUAUAGUGUCAGUGUUUGAGGGAGAUUCAGUGACUCUAAACUCCAGUUUUACUAAAAUGAAGGAUGAUGAUCUGCUUCUGUGGGGGUGUUCAGAUAAAAACACUUUAUUAGCUGAAAUCAAUAAACGGGCUGACAGCAUGACUGUAUAUGAUGAUGUUCUUGAUGGGAGAUUCAGAGACAGACUGAAGCUGGACAAACAAACUGGUUCUCUGACCAUCACAAACACCACAGCUGAUCAUUUGGGAGUUUAUGAACUACAGAUCAACCGUAUGAAGAAGUUUUUCAUUCUCAUUGUCUAUAGUGUGUUUGGUGAUAAAAUGAAGUCAGCGUCAGUGUUUAAGGGAGAUUCAGUCACUCUAAACUCUGGUCUUACUGAAAUAAAGGAUGAUGAUCUGAUUCUGUGGAGGUCUGUAAAUGCUUUUAUAGCUACUAUCAGUAAAGCGGCUAACAUCUUUCAUGUAUUUGAUGACAAUGGAAGAUUCAGAGACAGACUGAAGCUGGAUCAUGAAACUGGAUCUCUGACCAUCACAGACAUCAAAAUGGAACAUGCUGGACUUUAUACACUUCAGAUCAACAGUGUGAACAAGAGUUUCAUUCUCACUGUCUAUGACGAUGUUGCAAAUUUAGUGAUGCCAGUGUCAGUGAUGCAGGGAGAUUCAGUCACUCUACAUACUGGUUUUACUGAAAUUACAGAUAAUUUGAUUUCGUGGACAUUUGAAAAUGAGAACACUGUAGCUGAGGCAUUGCUUGACACCUUCACUGUAUAUGAUGAUGUUCUUGAUGGGAGAUUCAGAGACAGAUUGAAGCUGGACAAACAAACUGGAUCUCUGACCAUCACAGACACCAGAACUAAACACGCUGGAAAUUAUCAACUACGUGCUGACCGUACGAUAAUGGUUUUCAGUCUUGCUGUCAGUCUUACAGAUGCAGUGGAGUCAGUGUCAGUGAUGAAGGGAGAUUCAGUUACUCUAAACUCUGGUCUUACUAAUAUAAAUGGUGUUGUGUUUCAGUGGGUGUUCGUAAACUCUUUAAUAGCUCAUAUCAAUGUAAAGGCUGACCACAUAACUCUGUUUGAUUAUAAUGAUGGAAGAUUCAGAGACAGACUGAAGCUGGACAAACAGACUGGAUCUCUGACCAUCACAAACACCAGAUCUGAACACUCGGGACUUUAUGAACUAGAGAUCUACAAAGAGGCCAAAUCCAGGAAAUUCCAUCUUACGGUCUAUGCUCAUCCACCUGUACCUAUCAUUAGCAGAGACUGUUCAUCAUCAUUAUCAUCAUCAGGAUCAUCAAUGACCAAAUGUUCAUUUCUGUGCUCAAUGGUGAAUGUGAGUCAUGUGACUCUCUCCUGGUACAAAGGAAACAGUUUAUUGUCCAGCAUCAGUGUGUCUGAUCUCAGCAUCAGUCUCUCUCUACCUCUGGAGGUGGAAUAUCAGGAUAAAAACACCUACAGCUGUGUGCUCAACAAUCCUAUCAGCAACCAGACCACACAUCUCAACAUCACUCAACUCUGUCAGACAUGUUCAGACUCUGUCCGUGGUUGUGAUUCUGCUGAAGCUUUGAUCCGAUUGGUCGUCACUAUUCUGGUGGGCGUGGCUGCUGCAGCUGCUGUUGUUGUUCUUGUUUAUGACAUCAAAUCCAGAAAAGCUGAACAAGAUCGAGCACAUUUUUCCACACCAGAAACUUAACUCAUGAUGCAAUUUCUAUCAUUUAUUAAUUUUCAUUUAUGUUUAAUGACUUUAUAUAUUCAUCUGCUGAUAUCAGUUCUUUUACACACUAGAAGCUGAAUUGGGAACAAACAGCAACGCAUUCUCACAUUAAUGCUCAAAUUAUUGAUAAAUACAGAAGAUUAUCAAGAUUUUGCUCACACUAGUUUAAAAUAACAUGCUUAUUAAUAUGCACAAUUGAAUCUCUUAUUUAAUAAGGAAAUGAUGUUCCUCUACUGGCUGAACAUAAGCAUAAGAAAACAUAAGAUCUAUCUUUGCCAUUUGCAGGGUAAGAUGUUUUUUAUUUUAUUAUUAUUAUUUUUUUUAAUCCAGUUUGAACAGCUUUAUUGAUUAUAGCCUGUUUCUCUAAAAUCUCUCCUCUGUUAUCCAUUUUCCAUAUGCAUUUGCCUGCAAUUAUCAAUA